AUGUCAAUUGAAGGACAAAUUCUCGAUCCGAAUGAUCCAGAAGUAAAAGAGACAUUAUCAUAUUUAGCUAUACCAACUGAAGAACGUAUCAAACUUCAAGCUCAACCAUUCGAUGGUAAAAAGCAAUGUUGGGCACCCGAUGCAAAAGAAUCAUUCAUUGCUGCUGAAAUUACUGACACAAAAGGUGAAGAAGUAACAGUGAAAACAUCUAAAGGAGACAGUCUUACAAUUAAAAAGGAUGAUAUUCAACAGAUGAAUCCACCUAAAUUUACUUGUUGUGAUGAUAUGGCUAAUUUAACAUAUUUAAAUGAUGCUUCUGUCUUACAUAAUUUACGUGAUCGUUAUAGUCGAUGGAUCAUUUAUACCUAUUCAGGUUUAUUUUGUGUUGCCAUCAAUCCAUACAAACGUUUACCGAUUUAUACCUUGAAGGCAGUACUUAUGUAUCGUGGAAAAAAACGUACUGAAUUACCACCACAUUUAUUUGCUAUUUCUGAUAAUGCAUAUUCAAAUAUGCUUCGUGAUCGUGAAAAUCAAUCAAUCUUAAUCACAGGUGAAUCAGGUGCUGGAAAAACAGAAAACACUAAAAAAGUCAUUCAAUAUUUCGCAUUGGUUGCUGCUGCUAGUACUAAAAAAGAAGAAGAUCCUGGAAAGGUAAUGUGUUUUAAAUUAAAUUUUUUCUAUGAAGUAAAAAGGACGAUGGAAAGUUGAUAGAAAAAUCAGUUCUAUAAAUCUACAACCCGAACUUUCUUAUAUCAAACGAAAGAGUUCGAAGAGUUGAACAUUUUUUAUGACGAAAUUUGA